AUGGCUGGACAGAGGAAUAACUAUGGAAAGCGCCCACACCCUCAAAUGGACUAUAAUGAAAAUGGUGGAAGUAAGCGAAGAAAUCCAGGAGAUGAUAGAGACUCGUAUGCACCUGGACCAGAUGAUACUGUCUACCGAUACUUAUGCCCUGGUGGAAAGAUAGGAAGUAUAAUUGGUAGAGGGGGUGAAAUUGUGAAGCAGUUAAGAUCUGAGAGUCAGUCUAAGAUUAGGAUUGGGGAAACAAUUCCAGGCUGUGAGUAUAGAGUUAUAACUAUUUUCAGCUCAAGUCGUAAAACAAAUACGUUUGAAGACACUGGUGAUGAUAUCUGUCCUGCUCAAGAUGCUCUCUUCAAGGUACAUGAAAGACUUGUUGCAGACGAGGCUCCAACUGAAGAAAACCCUGAUGCUGAUGCCCCACAAGUUACUGUUCGUCUUCUUGUACCAUCCGAUCAAAUUGGAUGCAUAAUUGGGAAAGGUGGUCAAAUUAUCCAGGCCAUCCGCAGCGAAACUGGAGCUCAGAUUCGUAUCCUGAAGAAUGAGCUUCCUCCAUGUGCCAUUAGUGGAGACGAGCUCCUGCAGGUACAUGCUAACAAAAGUUGUGUAUUAUGUUCAAUAUGAUGCCAUAUGUCUGAUAUUUUGUUGUGAUUGUUUCUAGAUCACUGGAGAAGCUCCUGUUGCGAGGAAAGCUCUAUUUCAAAUUUCAAAUUGUCUCCAUGAUAACCCCUCUCGUUCACAGCACCUUCUUGCUUCUGCCAGUCUGUUCCCACCUGUGAAUCAGUUUGGUGGUUCUGCUGGUGGCCCAGUCAUGGGGCCGAUUAUGACUCCUUAUGGGGGAUACAGAGCAGAUGCUGGAGCCGAUUGGACCUCCUUUUAUCCUCCUCCAAGGGAUGAAAGUUCUUCUAGAGAGUUCUCUCUUCGGUUGGUCUGUCAAUCAGCCCUCAUUGGAGGGGUGAUUGGCAAAGGUGGCGUCAUCAUUAAACAAAUCAGGCAGGAGUCUGGAGCAUCAAUUAAAGUCGAUAGUUCUUCUGCUGAAGAUGAUUGUAUUAUCGCAAUCACUGCAAAAGAGGUCUCUGCCACCUUUAGUCAUGAUUGAUACUUUAAUCUGUUUAUUGACUAUGCUGAUGUUGGAAAUCCUGAUUUUGUUGCCAGUUCUUUGAAGACCCAGUAUCCCCAACUAUUGAUGCUGCAGUCCGCCUUCAGCCUAGAUGCAGUGAAAAAACUGAGAAGGAAUCUGGGGAGGCUCAAUACACUACUCGUUUGCUUGUACCAACUUCAAGGAUCGGAUGCUUGAUUGGUAAGGGUGGAUCCAUCAUCUCUGAGAUGAGGAGAGCCACUCGGGCUAACAUUCGUAUAUUGUCUAAAGAGAAUCUCCCCAAAGUUGCCACAGAAGACGAUGAGAUGGUGCAGGUAGAAAACGUUUUGCAUCUUCUGCAUGAGUUUAAGGGAACUUGUGACGUACAAUUUUGGCGUUUAAUAUGGUUGUUUACUUUUAUCCAGAUCAGUGGUGACCUUGAUGUUGCUAGAGGUGCUCUGAUACAAGUAACCACACGUCUGAAGGCUAAUUUUUUUGAGAGAGAAGGUGCUUUAUCUGCUCUUCUACCACCCGUUCCCUACAUCCCAAUGGCAGGUGAUACUUCAGACGUUCUGAAAUAUGGGGGCAGAGAUAGUAAAGGUCAUGGGCGAGGGUAUUCCUCAUAUUCUGGUGGAUAUGGAACAUCAACAGAUAUGGGUUCAGAAGCUUAUCCAGGCUAUGGUGUCUCACAGGUGAAUUACUGCUUUCCUUGUUUUUCUGUAUUUUUUCCUGUGUAAUGGCUCUCUAGUUGAAAUACGUGUUUUCCUAUUUUGGUACAUUAGGCUGGUGGAAGCAGCUACGGUGCAUAUGGUGCUUAUCCAUCCGGGCGUUCUGGUAGCAGUGGGUGAGGACCUUUUUUUAAUGACAGCUCUUAUACUAAUUAAAUUUACAGGUUGUUUCACGAAGGUGCAGGCUACUGGUAUAGUUUCAUUUUAAAGGCUAGAGAAGACUGUGGUUUCAUGUUGCGAUCAUGCCUGAUCUUGUUUUAUCACUGAAAGUUAGCCUUUUUUAAUUCAUUGACUUUGAUGAGAUGUUUAUCGUCAACCCUGAUCCAAAUUUUAUGUUACCAGGUUAACUGGUCCAAACCCAGUUUCCCAGGGAAAACAUCCUGGGUAUUAG